GAUGUUCAUGUUCACUCUGCCUACGUAACGCAACAACGUCUGGACGCUCUUGGCAAUGCAGUAGCCAAUGCUAUAAGACGGAAGGCAACGUUUGACAAACAAGUCCUAUCAUCACAUCAAGGUGAGGUAUCAUUUAGUCCUGGACAACUCGUUCAAGUAUAUGCUAGUGACAUCGACAAUAACUUUAAAUCUUCACGCAAAAUCGUUCCACGUUGGUCAGCUCCACGCCGAGUAGUCACCAAA